AAAAGAAGGAAGAGGAGGAGGUAGAGGAGAAAGAGGAGGAGGUGGGGUUGGAGGAGGACGACCUGAUGUUGGAGGAGGACUUUGAGCCGGGGGAGGAUGGAGAUGGAGAGAUGACUGGUGAUGAGGUGGAGGAGGGAGGAGAGGGGGAAGAAGGAGAAGGAGAGGAGGAGAGCACCAAGAUGAAGAUCCUUCGUCAGAUAGCGGAGGUGGCAUCCAAAGUCAAGGAGAUUAUUGGGAAUCUUAUUACCACUGCAGGGAAAGUAGUGGUAACCAUAUUACUGGGCUUUACAGGUAAGUGCCCUCACUGGAAUGACUGUCAGACAAUCCCCAAUUUAUCAUCAGAGCAGUGGAAUUACUAAAUUUUUAAUUUGCUUGAACUGACAUGAUUGAAUCCCUGAUUAAAUGUAAUUAAAUUUUACAUACAGUAUAAACAUUCAAUAUUCAAUAUUUGUAUAAGACAAUACAGUAAAAUCUCCCCACACAUCUAUUGUAGAUUAUCAGGAUAAACCUUGUUUCCCAAAGCCUUUCUGAAUGUUUAACUUCUUUUCCUGGAAUGCUGAAGUUACCAAGUGUGUCAGAAUUUUUCAAAUCAGAGAUGAGAUCGGACAACGACGUAAAGGUGUAAUACAAUAUAUACUGCUCCAUCCAGUCUCACUGAGGAUGUUCCAUCAGUCACUACGUCCCCCCUCUGCUUCUAUGCUGUUCCAGGCAUCAUGCUGCCCUCCCUGACCUCUGCAGUCUACUUCUUCACCUUUCUGGGCCUGUGUACCUGGUGGUCCUUCUGUCGGACGUUCCACCCGCUCCUCUUCAGCUGUCUGUGUGUCCUCAUGGCCAUCUUCAGCGCUGGUCACCUGGUGGUGCUCUACCUCUACCAGUUCCAGUUCUUCCAGGAGCUCAUCCCGCCCGGGGAUAGCUACGCCAGGUGUGUGUGUGUGUGUGUGUGUGUG